AUGGCUAGCGGUGUUGAUGCGAAACUGCUCAAGAGCACAAAGUUUCCACCCGAGUACUCCAAGAAAGUCGACAGGGAGAAGGUCAACCUGGAGGUUAUGAAGCAAUGGAUCUCCGGGCAGGUCAUUGGGAUAUUAGGUAACGAGGACGAUGUUGUUAUCGACUUCAUCUUUGGCAUGCUGGAGGAGGAGCGAUUUCCUGAUCCGAAAAAAAUACAAAUCAAUCUCACAGGGUUUCUAGAAAAGGAUACGGCUGCGUUUUGCAAGCAGAUGUGGAACUUGCUCCUGAGCGCCCAAGCAAACCCGCAAGGAGUUCCGACGGAGCUGCUAGAGCAGAAAAAAGAGGAAUUGCGUCAGCAGCGGGCGGAAGCUGCCAAGAUCACCGAAGCACAACAACGUAAGCGGGAAGAAGAGGAACAGAAGGACCGGAGCUUGAACGAGAUACGGGAUCGCGAGCGCGGCGAGCGCCGCCGCGGUGGACCACCACCCGAGAGGGGCGGUAGAGACAUCUACCAGCCGCGGCCGCGUCACUCGGCAUCACCGGUGAACCGGCGCCGCCGUUCCCCUGAAAUCCUUGCAUCUCGGCCGCCACCACGACGCGAAGCAUCACCGCCACCCAGAGGAGGAGCGCGCAGAGAGAGGUUUAGGGAGCGCAGAGAGACAGACACGUACAUUCCGUCACGUAGAGGAUAUGAACGACGUGAUUUUGACAACCGUGAAGGCAGGAACACCAGAUUUGGACGUUCCCGGUCAAGGUCACGCUCGCCGCCCCCACGUAGGAGAGAUGACUAUCGCAGGAGCAACACCAACAGGCGUUCGCCAGAGUACUCCAGAUCGCCGGAGCCUCGCCGCAGCAACAACAGGAGAGACCGCUCGAGGUCCCGGUCCUCGGACCAUGGCCGGAAACGACGGGCGCUGUCGCCGGAACGCAAGGGCCGGGAUAGACACAGAUCGACCACGCCGUCGUCUGCCCGAUCUUCAUCUUCCCAUUCCCGAACUUCCAGGUCGUCAUAUGACUCGUCCUCGAGAUCUCCAUCUCGGUCUCCGCCUGCUCGUAAGAGAGACUCUAACAGUCGGCGGAGGGAGCGUUCAGUAUCUGUAGAGCGUGGAGUGGAUCGGAGAAGACGGUCACCUUCUUACACGAAGUCGCAUGCUGAUGAGAGGAAAGGAAGACGUGAUGAACGAAGCCGAAGUCCCCGCGGCGACCAACGCCACCACCACAAUGAUCGCCGUCGCCACUCGCCAGAGGACAGGGUGAGGGAUACUACUCCUACUAAGAGGAGACGGUCGGUCUCGGCCGAAGCUGGUGAGUCUCCAAAGCCAAGGGAGAGGGAGGUAGCUGAGAGCUCCAAGAAGGAUGAUGGCAGAAAGGAAGAUCCAGAGUUGACACUUCAGCAACGGGAAUACCAGCUCCGAGAGAAACUUUUGCGAGAAAGGAUCAAGCGGUCACGGAAGAACAGGCAGGCGUAA